GUUAGGAUCGUUUCCUCUCUUUUGGCAAUGAUCUUCUAAUUUUUGGCAUUUGAUGAAUUUUCAUUUUCCCUGUGUCUGAGGGGAUUAUAGAGUUUUCAGCAUAGAUCGUUAUGAUGAGACACGGAUUCCAAACUUUAUACCUUGCUAAGGGAUUAGAUACUGGUUUUUCUAUAAUCAUCGUUGGUCAUGAAGUUCAGGAAGGGGAGUAAGGUGGAGGUUAUGAGUAAAAAGGUGGUGCCAUUCUCAUGGCGCUGUGCUGAAAUAGUCUCUGGUAACAAGUUUACUUACAGUGUGAAGUAUGAUAGUUAUCAAGGUUCUUCAAGUGAGCCUAUUGUGGAGAGAGUGUCUCGAAAGGCUAUUAGGCCUUGUCCUCCUACCAUGGAAGGCAUUGUUAAUUGUGAAGUCGGUGAUGUUGUGGAGGCUUUUGGCAAUACGUCGUGGAAGAUUGCUACAGUCUCAAAGGUUUUGGACAGAGAUCUUUACUUGGUGAGGCUACUUGGAACACCCCAGGAAUUUAAGGUCCACAAAUCAAACACCAGGGUCAGGCAAUGUUGGCAAGACAACACAUGGUUUGUGAUUGGAAAGGGCUCUGGAAUGAGUGAAGAUGUGAUAUCCUACAAGCUGUCAACUCCAAAUUGUUACCAGAAGAGAGACUUCCAAUUGUUGCAAGCCAACAAAAAGAUCAAGACACAAACAGGAGAUGAUUGUUUUGACGUUCAAGGGAAUGCAGGAUUGCAAGAAACUGAUACAGUCUCUUCUAGGAUGCAGAAGAGAACAUCUCCAUACAGUUCCUCCCUUCUUGAGGCUUGUGCUGGUAAUGUCAAGAAAAUAAGAGGUAUUCAGAAAGAAGGUAGGCAUCCAAGAUCCACUCCAGUCCCAAAGCGAGAAAAGGUAGAUGCUGUUGCUUACCCGCGAGAAAAUCUGGGUGCAAAGUACAUGCAUGCAUCCCCUAACAAUAGAUCAAUUGGAUAUUACAAAGCGGAGAGGCAAAAAUUAAACGGUUUGGUUGGAUGUUCUUUGAAAAGAAGGUUGGAACCUAAUGCUUCUGAUAGUGAUGAAUGCUCUGUUGGUAGUUGUAGUGUUACUAGCAAGGGUCCAGAUAAGUUCCCCACUAGUCACUUUGUUGCAGUUCAUCCUCAAGUUACAGACACCUUUUCUAGUGAUGCAGAAUCCUUUUAUGGCUCAGGAAAUCAGGAAAACUGCCACUUUCCUCCAGAAGAGGAAUUGGCAGAAAAUAUUCAUAGACUAGAGUUGCAUGCAUAUCGCCGCACUCUAGAGGCAUUUUAUGCUUCUGGCCCCUUAAGUUGGGAACAAGAAGCAUUAUUGACAAAUCUCCGUAUUAUGCUUCAUAUUUCAAAUGAUGAACAUUUGACAGAGCUAAGGAACUUAAUUUCUACUGGAACUGGUAUCCAUGUUAGUUAACAGUUGAAAGAUUUUUUUUUUUUUUCCUUUCAGUUUAGGAUCCUCUUUGUUUUUCUGUUUUUUUAUUUUUUUUUAUUUUCACGUAAAUCUAUUGUAAGAAGCAGGAUGAUAUGUUGCAAUUUGUAGUUCCUGUCUCAGUUAGUUGGAUCUUGUACAUUUUGGACGAAGAAAUGAAUGUAUCAAGUGUCAUUCUGGUUCAAUCCUUUGGUUUAACAUUUUGUAACAAUAACUUUCAAUAUCGUUUCAGUUAUUAGAAGUUUGUAUAUGAAAUGCUAUGUAUUAUUGGCAGAUAAAAUUGUUCACUGUUUAUCUCAUAUUUAUUUUGUGCACUGAUAAUUCUAUGCUUGCAUCUGGUUUCAGAUUUCCUUGUUGCUUCAUUUAUUUUUGGAAUUUAAUCUUCAUUUUUCAUUCAUUUCUCUGUUUGAUGGAUCACUGGAAGGAUAUCAUAGUCUAAGUCUAUAUUUACUGCAAAUGAUAGAUCAAAGCCAGCUGCUUUGGUUUAUGCUAUAGCAUCUACAAUUAGUUUGUUAUAUUGAAGUUUUUCUUCUUCCACAAGAAACUUGCUUGGGUUCUAGCAUGUUGUGAAAGCACCUGUAAGCUUUGUGGUUAACUAUGUCAUGCUUGUGCGGUAGUCUCGGAAUAUUAAUGAGGUUAUUAGAUAUCAAAAAGACUGCUGGAGACAAUGGUUGUUUCCACUUUUUGCACUCUGAUUUGUUAAAUGUUAUGCAGCUAUUCUUGCCAUUUGGCUUUGAUGAAAUGUUAUCAUUCUUUUUAUCAAAUUUGAAUAGCUUCGGUUUCCUCCAUACAACGUGGCAGCAUAUGCAAGUUCCCUAUUAAGGUUGUUAUUGAUGAAUCCCCAUU